AUGAAGCUCCCCGUGCUUUUGGCGGCGCUGGUGUCGCUGGCGCACCUGGCACGGGCAGAUGAGAAUGACGUCGCCAUCGGUGCCUCGCACUCCCUUCGGACGGAGGAGAAGCAGAAGGAGGCCCUCCAGUACGCCAAGUACGAGCAGUUCUGCGCCAACACACAGGAGGCGAAGGAGAAGACCUUGCAGGAGCCUGGGCACGCGAGGCUGUCUUCAGACAUCGCUGAUGUCGACGACAUCGACAAGUGGACGGCCGACAAGGAGAAGGCGACGCAGGAGCGGCAGGAUGAGCGGGUGGCCUACAUGAAGGCGCACGGCGAGUACCUCAAGGCCAUCCAGAAUGUUGGGAAGGCCUACACCACGAUCAAGUCUCAGGACAUGGACAAGGAGCAGGCCAAGUCCUUCCUCCAGUUUCCGGACCUCUUUGGAGACGAAGAGGGCGCCUCCUCUUCCGAGGCCGACGCUCUUAGUGCUCCCUCUGGUGCACGUGCUGCCAUUCAGGCUUUCCUGGCCGAGAACAGUGAGGUCUCAGUAGCUGCGGAAGGUCCGGGUAAGGCGAAAGGCUACGAGUUCGGCUCGGACAAGAUCUUGGACUUGCUGAAGAAGCUGGAGGGCAAGUUCAAGAAGGAGCGAGGGACGUUGGAGAAGGACGAGGUGGACAAGAAGCCGCUCAGCCAGAUACGUUCCUGGAACUCCAAACCUUUAAGAAGCUCGCAUAAGCCUUUAUAG